CCCUAAUAGGAGCCCCUGUUCCCCCUUCGAGCCUGCCACAAGAAGCAGACGUGCGACCCCAGAAGAGGCAGGACGCGAGCGCACAAGAAGCGGAAACACGGCACCCAUAAGAAGCUGGACGCGAGCGCAAGGUCGUGCCGCCGCCCACCCUGUUCACGUGAGGCCGGUGCGCGUGGCUCUUCGCGCCAGCCGCAGCGGCGCGCGGGGACGCCGGCGGUGAGCAUGUUCCGCAUCGAGGGCCUGGGGCCCAAAAUGGACCCGGAGGAGCUGAAGCGGAAGAUGCGCCGCGACGUCCUCACCUCCGUCCGCAACUUCCUCAUCUAUGUCGCGCUGCUGCGGAUCACUCCUUUCAUCCUGAAGAAGCUGGACAGUAUAUGAACAUUUAAGACUCAGUGUAUGAAAACAUAAAAUGGACUGUAGCUGCUUUCCUGUUUGCUAAUUAAGCAUUGUGAUAGAGGCAGACAUCCAAUACUAAAUGGUUCUAAGAUCUUUCACUUAUGCAUAUCUGACCUGAGAAGGAUAGCCUGUUUGGGAGUAUGGGGAAGAUGCCUGUUCCUGCAGGUGAAUUCUGGUCAAAGAAUACUCCCUAGUGUCAUGAAGUAACAAUUUGUGAUGGAACAUUUCUUGUACUGUUUUGAAAAUCCCUCCACCUCCAUUUUGUACAAAGUGUUAAAUGUUAGCAAGUUCUUUUUAUUACGCAGCUACCUCUAAAUUGCCACAUGCUAUCAAUUUUACUGAGCCUGUCUGUAUGGAAAACAAAGUUGUUAAUGAAUCCAGCUCACAGCAGCUUGAUUUGAAAUAAAUGGAAGAGCAGUUGUGUCACUUAACUCUGGUAGUGAUUUGGUUUUAAUACUCACUAGACUUCAUCUGGUAUUGUAUCUCUGGCUCUUUCUUGUCUUAACCUUGCUCUCUUCUGCACCUUAAAAAUCAACUUAUAUUGAGGAAAAGCAAGAGAGAGUGGAAAAAAUACAAGGUACUGGUGUGUUUUUUCAGGUUGCUAAAUGUGUAGCAACUGAGAGACAUGAACAUUUAGUCAAUAUUCAUAGAAAUAUAAUGAAGAAAUGUGCUAAAGCUUUAUCCAGCAGAUCUGUACUAGUUUUCCGUUCAAUUAGAACCUCCUGGGUCUUGAAUUUCCACAAAGAAAAGCAGAACAUCACUGUAUUUCUUCUUUAAGAUGUAACUGAAUUUUAGUCACAACAGCCUUUUUACAAUGCGUAUUACUGCCUCUUGCCAGUACUUACGGUGAUUUGGAUAUUCUGUUAGUUUGAUGAGUUUUUUUUCUUAGUAUCAUAAAUCAAGCUCAUUUUACCAUGACAAAUUGUUAUAUUCUGGCAGUUCAAGAGUAUUAUUUUACUCCAAGGCUGCCUGCAAUAUUAUUGCCUUGCACUGCCUAAGCUGAUGUCAAAAUAGGGGCUAUUUCUCCAGAGAAACAGCUUGCUUUACAAAGGAGAUUGUGAUUGUCCUCUCUGAAAGGGGUUUAGUAGACUCUGUGCUAAUGCUCAUUGGUAUCAACCCUGUACUGAGUUUCCAAAGCAGGAGCUGGAUUUUCAGCUGUUUUGGUUUGCCUAAGUCUUAAAAGAUAUGUUUAGGAUUUAGACUUGAUAUCCCUUAGAUCAGCUACACACUAAAUCUCCAGAGAGGCUUAAAUGCUUCUCAGAUUUGUUCUUAAUGCCUGGAAAUAACUUAGCGGAGUGCUAGCAAAGCCACUUGUAAAAAGGCACCCUGAGUACUUGCCCCUGAGACAGGUAGGGGUUGAAAGUGCAGCUCCUGAAUGGCAGGCUGGGAAACUGGGUAUUAAUUUGGAAGUAUAACAAAUUAAUCCGAAGACUUCUAACCAGCGCUGGAGCCUUGGAUGCCCACUACAGUGAAAUAAUCGAGUCCUAUUUAAUUCUCAGGAUUAUUCUGAGAAAUUAAAGCAAGGAUAUUCCUGA